GGUCCCGCAGCGACUAACGACGGGCAUCCCCAAGUGGGCGCUCUGCGAGCUGAGCGCCGGUGGUUGCCUUUAAGCUGGGAGAUGCGGAGUGGAGAGCGCUCGAGGGGCGCGUUACGGUGCUUGCGCGUGCGUGACUGACUUAAAGAGGGCGACUGGCUCUUCCCUGAUGGACACGAAGUCCCGGGCACAGCUUGGCGUGGCUGCUUCUCGGAGGAAAGGGCUUGUCCAAGGCGAGCCGCUGAGGGACCGCGCUCUCCCGCCCUCGUUUUGGCGGGAUGUUGAGCUAGGCAUCCGCUCCAGGUCAUCUUGCAGGGCAGGGGGUGUGACGAGGAGAGACGGCUAGGAGGCGAACACUGUGGGGUUCCCCCCCCCACUAUUCCUUCUAUUUAUUUAUAUAUUUAUUGGGGAGCGGGGGAGAGGGGGUGUUUGCUCUGUGGGCGCCCAAGCUCUUAAAUGGCCAGCCCCCGGAGGUGCAUUGAGUUGGAGCAUUUCGAAGAGAGGGACAAAAGGCAUCAGCGCUCGAGCUCCCGCCGCGGAGGGGGCAGCUCCACUUGCAGCAGUGGCUCGGGCCCCAAAGGGAACGGGCUCAUCCCCAGCCCGGCGCACAGCGCCCAUUGCAGCUUCUACCGCACGCGCACCCUGCAGGCCCUCAGCUCGGAGAAGAAGGCGAAAAAGGCGCGCUUCUACCGCAACGGGGACAAGUACUUCAAGGGCUUGGUCUAUCCCAUCUCCAGCGACCGCUUCCGCUCCUUCGACGCCCUCCUCAUCGAGCUCACCAGGUCACUGUCUGACAACGUCAACCUGCCCCAGGGCGUCCGUUGCAUCUACACCAUUGAUGGCAGUCGGAAGCUGUCCAGCCUCGAUGAGCUGGUGGACGGUGAAAGCUAUGUGUGUGCGUCGAAUGAACCGUUUCGGAAAGUUGAUUACACUAAGAACGUUAAUCCAAAUUGGUCAGUCAACAUAAAAUCAGGGUCAUCUCGAUCUCUUACAUCCUUGACAUCUUCCAGAAGUGAAUUGAAGGAGAGCAAAGACUUCAUUAAACCGAAACUGGUAACUGUUAUACGGAGUGGAGUGAAACCACGAAAAGCUGUGAGAAUUUUGCUGAAUAAAAAGACUGCUCAUUCCUUUGACCAAGUGUUGACUGAUAUAACAGAAGCUAUUAAGUUAGAUUCAGGAGUUGUCAAAAGAAUUUGCACACUGGAUGGAAAGCAGGUUACUUGCUUGCAAGACUUUUUUGGUGAUGAUGAUGUUUUCAUUGCCUGUGGACCAGAGAAAUACCGUUAUGCUCAAGAUGAUUUUGUACUGGAUCAGAGUGAAUGUCGUGUUAUGAAAUCAUCUUAUUCUCGUUCUUCCGGGACACCAAGGUAUUCUGGAUCUAAAAGUCCUGGACCUUCACGUCGAAGCAAAUCUCCUGCAUCAGUAAAGAGGAGUGGCCACUACUCCAGUGUUUACUCUUCAGCAAAAUCCCCAGUCAAUGGAGCCUCAAGCAGCCAGCUUUCUACACCUAAAUCAGCAAAAUCUUCUAGCUCCUCACCAACAAGCCCAGGAAGCUUUCGAGGACUCAAGAUUCCACCACACUGUGGUUCAUCUUCCAACGUGAAUGGUGUGCCUGAGCUAUCUCCUUGCCUGAGUCCUGAAGGUGUGAAUGGAAACAAAUGCUCAGGGACAUCAAGUAUUCUUGAGAAAUACAAAGUGGGAAAGGUGAUUGGAGAUGGUAAUUUUGCUGUGGUUAAGGAGUGCAUAGAACGUUCAACUGGAAAGGAGUUUGCAUUGAAGAUUAUCGACAAAGGAAAAUGUUGUGGAAAGGAGCACUUGAUUGAAAAUGAAGUCUCAAUACUGCGCCGAGUGAAGCACCCCAAUAUCAUCAUGCUAAUUGAAGAGAUGGACACUACAAUGGAGCUCUAUUUGGUGAUGGAGCUUGUUAAGGGUGGAGACCUUUUCGAUGCAAUCACAUCCUCAACAAAAUACACAGAGCGUGAUGGGAGUGCAAUGGUCUACAAUCUAGCUAGUGCACUGAAAUACCUCCAUGGUCUAAGCAUUGUACACAGAGACAUCAAGCCAGAGAAUCUCCUGGUCUGUGAGUAUCCAGAUGGGACGAAGUCCUUGAAGCUAGGAGACUUUGGACUAGCCACUGUAGUUGAAGGACCUCUCUAUACAGUCUGUGGCACACCGACUUAUGUGGCUCCAGAAAUCAUUGCAGAGACAGGCUAUGGCUUAAAGGUGGACAUUUGGGCUGCAGGUGUCAUUACGUACAUAUUGUUAUGUGGGUUUCCACCAUUUCGUAGUGAGAACAAUGUCCAAGAAGAUCUCUUUGAUCAGAUCCUGGUUGGAAAGCUUGAAUUUCCUUCUCCCUACUGGGAUAACAUCACUGACUCUGCUAAGGAGUUAAUUAGUCUGAUGUUACAAGUAAAUGUGGAAGCACGAUAUACAGCAGCUCAGAUUCUAAACCACCCCUGGGUUUCGGAUGAUGCCUCCCAGGAGAAUAAUAUGCAAGCUGAAGUAACAGGUAAAUUAAAGCAGCACUUUAACAACACGCUACCCAAACAGAAUAACCCAACCGCUGGGGUUUCUGUCAUCAUGAACACAGCUUUAGAUAAAGAAAGACAGAUCUUCUGCAACAGGCGCUGUCAGGACCCUGAUCAAGCUGCUGUGAACCAAGCCACCGGGAUCAGUGCUGCAGCUCAUGAACCUCCUACAGCUGAUCUCAAAACGUUCUUCCCUGCUGCUUCUGAGCCAAUCAAACUCUCUCCACACCCAAUUUCAGCAUGUCAUGAUGCUACUGCAGGAGUCAUUUAAGACAAGUUCUGCUCAAGUCCACUGCUAGUUUUUCUUAGAUAUGCAUCUUUGGAUUCCCCCUGAUGUAGACUGCUGGAGGGGUAAGAUUUCUGCUGUUACUGGCCACAUGUCUGAUAGCCGUGGUGAAGGAUCUGUUAUAGAAUUGAGAUCGACAGCUCCUUCAUAGGUCAAAUAGAAGAAUACAUUCAGAGAUCUGACAGCUUCAGGCCCUUGCUGUUUGUAGCCAAAAAUCAGAUCAAUCCACUGGUGAAGCUGACAGGAAACAAAUUCACUCUCCAGGGCCUGCAACAGAACACAAAGCCAUUUAUCAAAACUGAGAUCCCAGCUCAAAGACCUUCUCCUUUUUGGUUCUCUUGCUGCAAUAUCCUCUGCCUGGUGCUCUGCCUGGUGCUGCAACUGCUCAGCAAUGACCCAGUCCAAGCAGCUCUUUAUGCAGCAGGGCUUUUAUUAUUUCUGAAGACCAGCAUCUCCUUCUCAGAGCUACAUAUGGGAACCAAGACAUCUACCAAGGUUCCCCUCCUCUCUAUUUUACCCUCACAACAACCCUGUGAGAUGGAUCAAACUCAAUGAAAUGUUCAUGGAGUCUACAGUAAAUCUCCCAUCCAGGCACUGACCAGACCCAAACCUGUUUUGCUUCAACAGACUGUCAUCAUUAUCGUCAUCUAUGCUAAUAAUGAAUUGGAGUCUGCAAGUGCUGAUAUUUAAGUAACUAAAACAGGACCAUCCACUCACAAAGAGGUGGUACUGGCAGGUUCAAGAAAAUGCAAACGUUUGCAGAAGUACCAAAAAAUGUGUUAGGAGACAAACACCUCUAAAGGUGAAAUCCCCUUGGAUGUUAUGGCUUAAUGUUUGUACCUCCUUAUAUUUAUCUAUAUCUGUGUUGUUUGCUGUAUUAUAUUGUAUUCUUUUAGCUAUUUGUAAUCCACCCAGAUAACUUUUUAAUUAUUGCAUAGAUUUAAAACUAUAAUAAAUACCUAAUACAUAAAUAAGCCCAAAACAACCCAAAGAGAAUGAAGCAUGCUUUGUGGGUAUGGAAUGCCAGCUGCCUGCUGUGGGGAGGGACAUAGCAAACUGUGGGGAGGAUAAAUGGUAUGGGAUAUCCUGAAAAAAAAAACAUGGUUGGGUGGCUAACACAGUAAACCACAGCACCGUGUACUGCAACAUUCUGCAUUCUCAACUGUCUAAUACAGAAUUAUAAGCCUUGUAACUCUAGCCACUAUUAUCUUUAGUGUCUCUGACUGUUGUGCUUUUCUGACAUGAAUUUUUAAUUCUGAAAUGUUCAUUAAGGGUUAUAUCAAAUAAGUGUGUAGUAUGUAAGAUAAGCAUGGCAGUACACCUUAUCUGACACAUGCUGGAAGAACCCAGCACCUUAUGCAGAAUCUGGUUCUCUAUGUCAUGGGCCAGUAUCUGUCUCCUCCAAUCUCUCUUCUUUUCCAAGUAGAUCACAACAAGAGGCUGCUAACUACAGUCUUUAUGACAUUAAAACUGAAAGCCAGGGGUGGCUUUAUAUUACCCUAAAGAGAAAUAUAUAAAUGUUGUUAACAAAAGGCAUGAGUUUUGGAGUUAGUAACUAAUUGUGCAGUUAGUUCUUGUCAAUAGCAAGAGUUGAUUCCAAAGUUAUCCUCCACCUUCUCUUCUCAUCAAAUGGAGUUGACUCCACCCUCAGGGAGGUACAUGCUGCUUGUCAGCCAGAUAGCAGGAACACUGUGGAACACCUUUCCACUGUGGCCCUCUCUGUUCUUCAGUUUCUCCCACUGAACCAGAGGCAGUCUGGUCUCAUUAGCCACUUGGCCUAUCUUGAAGCUCAUUAACCUUGGCAUUUAUUUAUUUAUUUAUUUAUUAAAACAUUUCUAUGCCGCCCCUUGCCGUAGCCUCGGGGCGGCUCACAACAUAAUAAAAUACACAAUAAAUUAAAACAAUAACAAUUAAAAUAUAUACAUUGGAAUAAAAUUUCAGCUAAGCAGUCCAACCCUGCAUCUUUUUCCAGCUUAGAUUCAGAGUCUAAAAUAUUGACCAUGGAAUGCUCUAUUCUGGAAGAAGUGGGCCCAAUCCCUACAUUCUACUGACUGAACAGCAGAACAGAACUAACAUUACUGUGUGGGCAGAUGCUACCAACUCAAAAUGUAGAUAGUGGUAUCUGUGAAAUAUGGCAGAUACAUACCCAGGAAAGCAAUUCCAAUCCAGUUCUAAAGAGGCAAUCCAAACAAGUCAAAAAAAGUAGGUAAGAGGGCUUGUGGCUGAACACAGAAAUGCCAAGGCAGGCCAGGGAGUGAGAAAGGAAGAGGUUGACUUAAGGCAAGAUACUGCAUCUGAGCUGUACCUAUCAGCUUUGUUGCCUAAAGUGUACUGACAAAAGAUCUAUUUGUGUAGGAACAGAGAAGGCCAGGGACUCAUCAUGUUGCAAGAAGGCCUGGGGACUGAUCAUGAAUAGAGCAAGACGGAGGGCUGGUGACAUGGCUUGGAGCCUAGGAGGUCUAUGGCUUUGAGGGGUAGGACUGCGUCAAAGGAACAAGGUACCAAUCAGUUCAGCUCCUGGAACAUUACCAGUUUGGGAACUCCUGUGGUGGUGACACCAACCAUCAUUUUUUGUUCUGAUAAGAAAAGGAGUAUGCUUUCCAAAAGGUAUAUGAGAAAAGGGUGAAAAAAUACAGACUUUUAAAUGUCUAGACAUGCAUCACCCAUGUUAGAAAAUAUAAGCAGCUGCCCUAAAUAUUAAAGGAAAGAAGAAUGAGUGAUUAUUUAUUGCAGGUUUUGUGAUAAAAACCUGCAAUUUUUCAUCAACAAUUUUCAUUUUGUAGAAUCUUUCAGUUCAACUAAUUACCACAUUUUGAUUUAUCCUGCACAUCCUGUAUUUAUUUGGCCCCAUACUCCACAAGUAACCCUAACACCUAUUCACUAACAAUGUAUUCAUUAAGAAUUCUCAUAAGGAAUACAAGCGUAAGAUGUUAUGUAUAAAUUCAUCCUUUUUGAUGAUAAUGAUGCCUACUUCUACAAUGUACUUCUACAAUUUAAA